UAUUAACAAGAACUACGGCAGAGCAGCAGCAACAGUGACGGGAUUCGGGGCGCUGCUCGCGGGCUACUCAGUUCUCCACCAUUGGCAAUGUUCGCUCCGGCGCUCCGGCGAGCCGUCUUCGAGACAACAACGCGCGUUCCAACGACCACAACCUCAAUCCUCCCGCCAGCCUUCCUUCUCCCCUUCUCGCACCGCGCACCCAUAACCACGGUCUCCCAUUCCCUCGAAACCGGCAACGUCGCAGAACCUCUCCUCCAUUCCGGGCAACACAUUUCUUCCGGCCUCAAAGAAGCGAUUGCCUCCCGUCCGACCUCCCAAACUGCCUCCUCCACCACCCCCUCACCCGCCUUCACCUCCGUCCCUUAUGGGCAGCAAUCCCUCCAAGUGCGGACGAUAACGCCGCAAAUUCGGCAAUUGCUCCCACUACUCCGCGCGCAAUCAGCGCACUACAUCACCGUCCACAUCCAUGGGCGUCCCUACCUCCUCACCCAGGGCGAUACUCUGCGUCUCCCCUUCCUCAUGAAAGACGUCCAACCAGGCGACAUUCUGCGCCUCAACCGGGCCACACACAUCGGAAGUCGUGACUACACGCUCAAAGCACCCGCCACUGUCAAGGGAACUCGGGAUUCCCCGAAACAAGUGUUUUACUUGGAUGAGAGGUUAUUCGUUUGUAGGGCGACGGUUGUGGGGACGGAGCUGGAACCUGAGAGGGUCAAGGAGAAGACGAAGAGGAGGCAGAGGCAUGUUAGGCAUGUGAGGAGUCAACAUCGGUAUACGGUCUUGAAGAUUAGUCAGGUGGAGGUGAGGAGUUUAGAGGAGUAUGAUGAGUUGGUGAUGAAGGAGCAGGGGAGGAAGGGAAAGGCAAGGAGAAACGCGGAUGCAAGUGAGGAGUUGGCAGAAGUAGCCGCAUGAUUAACUCGGAGAUCAUGCUCCGUUUAGAAGAUUGUGGUUGUUUGCGGAUUGGCUGUAGAUUUUGAGUGUAUUAUAUGUGCUCACUGCCGUGCAGCGCUGUCAAACCGGGAUACGAUUUGGAAAAAUCAUAGAAUUGUCAUCAAGCUAAUGGAAUUGCGUCCAUUUUCAACGC